UGAGCAGUUGGUCAGCAGCUCGCUCUACCCCUCGGUUCUCGCAUUUGCGGAAUGAUAUUUCAAUAUGGCAACCGUAGUAACGUCUGCACGAGUCGGUGUGUCGGAAAUGUUUUGAUUCCGUUGACAAAUCGCGACGGCCGGUCGACGUAUCGCACAUAGGGAGGUGCCUGGUGCAUGGUGACCGGUCACACAACGUAGUCCAGCACUAUAUUCUUAAAUUAAACAUACGUUUAGAUAGGUUUUUAGAAAAUUGAGAUAUUGUGGGCAUAAAGAGAAGACGUGGGUGGAAGGAUUCACUGGACUGGAUUGAGAGGCCGUGAGUCGAGAUGGGCAAACAGAACAGUAAACUCAAGCCUGAAGUGCUUGAGGAUCUGAAACAGAAUACUGAAUUUUCUGACGCAGAAAUUCAGGAGUGGUACAAGGGAUUUCUGAAGGAUUGCCCGAGUGGUCAUUUGAGUGUCGAGGAAUUCAAGAAGAUCUACGGAAAUUUCUUCCCCUACGGUGAUGCAUCCAAGUUCGCAGAACACGUCUUCAGGACGUUCGAUGCAAAUGGCGAUGGGACGAUUGACUUCCGGGAGUUCCUGUGUGCACUGAGUGUCACAUCCCGGGGUAAAUUGGAACAGAAAUUGAAGUGGGCCUUUAGUAUGUACGAUCUCGAUGGAAAUGGAUACAUUUCACGCCAGGAAAUGUUGGAGAUUGUCACGGCUAUUUACAAAAUGGUGGGUACAGUUAUGAAGAUGCCGGAGGACGAGUCGACACCGGAGAAGAGAACAGACAAAAUAUUUCGUCAAAUGGACAAAAAUAAAGACGGUAAAUUGUCGCUGGAGGAGUUUAUCGAGGGUGCUAAGAGCGAUCCGUCAAUAGUGCGACUGUUGCAGUGCGAUCCAAGUGCACAGGCUCAGUGAAUUUGUCUGGGCCAAAUGUAUGACGUACAAACGCCAAUAGCGACCCAGAAAAAAACUAAAUCGGGGCCCAGUCCAAUAAAUAUCCCCUCACGAUGAAUUUCCCAAUUCGAUGUCAACAGGCUGGAGUCAAUUUGAGGUUGUCGCAACGCUCCACGAGUCGGAGAUCAUUUUAAUCACUAGUAUCGACUCCUGGGGCGUCGAGAACAAGAGAUAUUCAGAUUAAAUCAGAAUAUCGUGUGGGUAAAGCUGGGAUUAAUACAUUUAACGAAAAUCGUUGAAGAUGGCGAUGAGGUAUCGAAGAAUAUCUCGGAUAUCUCGGAGAUCUCAAUAUCCUGAUUAGAUUUCAAGGUAUUCUUCGGCCCUGGUCUGUGCUAUACACAGAUGGGGCUUACGAAGCCUCAGAAAAAUGUGGGAAUCCCCCGUUUUUUUUUUUGCCAUUUUGAUCUGUCGUUUUCAUGUGGCGACAGCUGAUUUCCACGUUUUUUCCACACGCUCUACGUCAAUAUUUUGUAAGUCUCCUGCAUUGAUGAUUAUCGGUUAUUGGGAAAUUAUGAAUUUUAUGGUUUUUAAAGAGGAUUUAUGGGUUUAUUGAACCGGGACCCGAUAGGCUCCAGACUCACUGGGCCCAGCGCGCUUGCGCAGACCGCAAACUAGUCCGCAAGGCUAGUCCAGUUGCUCCGUCGCGUUUUUAUUAUUAUAUUAAAAUUUAGGAAAGUGCGUCAAGGAUCGAGGAAAAGCACGAGAUAGUAAUCGAUGGUGGUAAUUGUUCGAUAUUUCGAGGUGGAGGGUUGUAUGAUCUCGUCGGUCAAAUGCUGCGAGAGUUUGAUGUUUAAUUUUUUAAUAUUUCAUGGCUGAGUGGUGAAAACUUCUGCCGAUGCACAAGUUGAUUAUCGGGAGCCUCCAUGAAUAAACAUUAUGAGGGAGUGGGGAUGGGUAAAAACAGUGAGGAUUCCAAGUUAAAUUGAAGCGUCAGGAUAUUUUAACGAUGAGUACGCAUGGGGAUAAUCAUUGGAUUCAAGUGCGCUGUGGAUUGACAAACAAAAGGGUCCGGUAAAUAUCGACAGGGGGUGGGCUAUGCGAGAAUUCAAUGCUCGGCCAUGUUUGUUUAAAUGAUUGAGGAUGUGGGGGAGGUAUUGGGAAAACGGUGAUGCGAGAUUUUUUGGUUUUGGGAUAUCUCUGAAGAUGUGCAGGAUGAGUUCUUUGGAGUUGUUUGGAGUUCUUUGGAGUUCUUUGCUAUUUGUUCAAUAUUUUUUCAAAUUAAAAACUUUUCAAGCUAGUUUUCUGAUCCCUUCUGGUUUAUCUUAUUCUUAUUUAUCGAUUUAUUUUAGGUGUUUAUCAGAAAUUUACGUUCGCUUUACGAAAUAUUGUCACUUAAUUCCCCGUGCCUGUUCCACAUUCAGAGAUAUUUAAAACACCUCUCUUCAAUCGUCGAUAUCUUGCAAUUGGUAGAGAGAAAUUUCCCGAUUUUUUUUUCAUCUUCAAGAGCGUUUUUGAGGUUCAAAGGAAGAAUUUAUUCGGUGGAAUUGUACCGUUGGAGAUAUUGGGGAUUGAAGAGGGUAUUUCUCACAUCGCUGUUGAAUUCCUCUCUGGGCUUUCUUCUCCGGUGAUUCUCCAUUUUUAAUGCGAAAAUUCCAUCCUUCUGUCCUGGUUCAUUAUUUUCCUCACUAAUCCUCGAUGAUCAUCCAAAAAAGCUCAAAGUUGUUGUUUUCUUUCUAUUCGUAAGUUAAGGCCCUUUUAUUUUAAAACCCGAAUGAAUAGACAUUUUGCGUUAGACGCCGAGGCACUCGGCCAACUCACGUUUCAAUUAAUCCCGACUAUGAAGAAAUGUUCUGAAAAUAUGAAGAAAUAUUAUGCACUAUCCCGCUAUUGUCGGGCAAUUGUCCAAGAGUCCUUUUUAGAGAUUUAUUAUUAUUUUUCGCUGAAUGAACGUGUCAUUAAAAUGUAAGUGUGUAAAACUGGUGAUAAUGUAUGUACGGAUGAUAAAUUGAUGAGAAUAACGAUUAAAAUGUUUCAACUGCAGAUGGCUAGAGAUUAAUGAUUAUUGGAAUAAUGGGAAUUGGAUAAUGUAAGGCUAUUGAAUGUUUUUUUUUUCGAAAGAUGUAUUUUCAAGUCAUAAUUUAUGGUUAACCAUGUGGUUACAAUAAUGUCUUUUAAUUAAUUGUUCAUUGUCGCUCGAGAGUUAAAUGGUACAUUAAAUAAUUCGUAUUUAAUGGAAAAUAUUGGAGAGCAUAGAACUAUCGGAGGAAGGAAAAUUAAACGUUCAAUAUAAAUUUUCUAGUCUCGUUUGUCGACUAAAAUUUUACGUUUCACUUUCAAGUCCUUACGAAAAUUACUCUCUCGAAAUGCUAACGAAAAAAAAAGCAAUUAUUCUCUACUAUAACUAAGAUGUAAAUUCUCUUCGUCUUGCGCUCAUUAAUGUUAAGUCGUACGAAUCUACUCCAGACUUUUGAUCUAAUUGAUGAUACCUAAACAAUAUUGAAAAUUGAAACAAUGAAUAAACCGAGGAUUGAAGUAAUUUUAACAAUUGAAAAAAAAAACAUCAAAUGUGUAACUGAGGAUGAACAAUUAUUUCCUAUCUCUCAGAUGAAUAAUCACUCAUUGAAAGAUGACAUUCAUUUGGCGUAUCUCCCAGCUAAUUUAAUUGUAGAAAAACUAAUACGAUUAACUGAAUCGUUAAUAUCGUGCAUGAUUUGAUACGACUCGAGCAUCGACAAAUUGCUAAUAUCGAAUAAGCUCCGUUGAAGGAAACAUAUGAACAAAUCAAACAACUUCUGGCCUUUUUGAUACGCAUUUGUACAGAAACUGGUCCGAGUUAUUGCUGAAGGAUUGAAUCGUAAUUAGAGAUGGGGAAUGAAGUGAACUCGAGAAAACCUUAACAAUUUAGAUCUCUCUCCAAACUCUUAUUUAUUUAUUUCCCCCAAAAAAAGGAUCAAUGAACUUCGAGUAUUUUUCAAUAUCAAACAGCACUUGGAAAUGAAUUAUCAAAAUUCUCUAAAUCUUGAGUAAAAUUAAACUCAUUGCAAACUCGUGUUAAUUGUUUAUAAAUCGUAUAAAAUAGACGUAAAUGAACGGUAAUAGAAUUGAAAAAGAUAAUUACGGUAAUUAUCGUUAAUUUAUCGCCAAAGUGACAAAUCGGUAUCAUUAUCGCUCCGCAUCUCUAUUUGAGUAAUAAUCGAGAGCAUUGGGGGUAUCGAUUAAAUAGAGCAGUUGGGAAAUGAAACAAAUUAUAACGAAAGUUUCCAUCCGAAGGCUCGUGACCACAUUUCCGAUACACAUGAACGUUCUAUGGAAUAGCCGAUGCCUGUGCACCUCCUGACCUCCAAUAAUAGAUGGAAAAUGUAUAAUUGGGGCGAAAGGGGGCCGAUGUGUGAAGUUAUUGCUGGAAUAAUGGCGUUUGUCUUCUAAAGUAUUUCAGUAUAGAAGGAAUUAUUAAUUCUGUCAUUAGUGACCUUUUCUCCUCAGGAAUUAAAGCAGAAAACAGAGUAAUUAAAUGAAUCAGUAAGAGAUUAUCUAUUGAGUCGGUACAUACGCUUGUCACAUGUAUUUAAGUCGGGUCAAUGUAUUCAAGUCGACGAUGAUGAUGUGAUGGAGAAAGUUGUCUUGAGAAUUACCACCAAUUGCCACUCUAACGUCUCAUUGGUCAGAGAGGGCAACAUUUCAAGGGGAUGAAAGGGGGAAGAAAAAGAGUGAGAAGGACUUGAUGGUUGUGAUAAGUUGAGAGUGGAGCACAAAAUAUAUAAUUCACCAUGAAUUUCAUCAUGAAUUUCUGAAGAUCUUGAGGAAGCUCCAGCCUUUGGUGGACUCCCAUUAUUUAUCCACUCCCCAAAUGAGUGUCCAUUCGUCUGAAUGAGCGUUGCAUUAGCCUUCUCACAUGUCACAACUCGAAAAAUUAUAAACUAAACAAUGAUAAAUGCGCUUAAUUAUAGGUGUCGCGAUUCAACGAAAAUAUGAAAUGAAAAUUCUUCUUGAAGUCGAUUAAACCGAGAUAUUCAUGACCUAUUGUUAACUAUUUGAAGUUACGAGUUUUGAAGCUUUCUUGCCGCUCGAAUGAACACACAAUUCACCGUCAAGAGCCCCUAUUAUAUUUUCCGGUGUAUACGAACAAUGUGAAAUUCCAAAAUCACCCAUUUUCAUGCUCCAGUUAUCCAGUUCUCCAGUCCCCCUCAUCCCCCUCAUCCUCCUCAUCCCCCUGUCCUAUAGAUAUGUUUGGUGCAAGUGCUGGGGUACGUGUGUACUCCGUAUGUGAAAAUGUGCGAUAAAACAAGAACAAAAUCAUCGACUAAUUGUUAUAAUGUGUUUUUAAACGAUUUCAAUUUAAUAACCACUGUCCUCCGUACGAUAACUUAUAUUUAUGAGAUUGGAGGGUUUAGUUGGGGAGCGAUAAAACAAUAAUUGGAGACCUCCGAUUCUUCUCAACCCUCCGAUCUCCCUUAUCUGUAAUGAAUUACUCAACAGAAUCAAAAAAAAAAAAAUUACGAACGUAA